CUGUUUAUGAAUACUACAGUGUAGAACAAUGAGUAAGAAGAAAAGUUUGUUACAAAGACUUGCUGAAGGGAUCGUAAUUGGAGAUGGUAGUUACAUAUUUACACUCGAGAGAAGAGGAUAUGUGUUAGCGGGCGCCUGGACUCCUGAAGUUGUUCUUGAGAAUCCUGACGCUGUUCGUCAACUACAUAAAGAGUACUUGUGGGCUGGUGCCGAUGUGCUACAAACAUCAACUUUCUUUGCUCAGGAUGGUACCCUUCAAAGCAAGUUUAGGGGUGUUGACAUAGCAUACACUUGCAAAGAAUUGAACGAUGCUGCAUGUAGCCUAGUGCAUGAAGUGGCCGGUGAACAAACUCUCAUCUGUGGUAGUAUUUGUGAGACUGUGAUUUAUAAAGACAUCAAUUCAAAAGAAGCUGUACAGAAGGAAUUCAGAAAACAAUGUCAAGUAUUUAAAGAAAACAACGUUGAUUUCUUAUUGGCUGAGUUUUUCAACUCUAUAAUUGAGAUGGAAUGGGCCAUUGAGAUUAUGAAGGAAACUGGUUUAACAGCCUGUGCAUCCAUGAAAAUUUGUACACUUGGUGACAUAGAUAAGGUAACACCACAGGAGUGUGCUGUUAGAAUGUGUAGAGCAGGUGCAGAUGUAGUUGGAGUUAAUUGUUCAUUUGGUCCUGAUAUUGCACUGAAGACAUUAGCCAUGAUGAAGGAAGGCCUGGAAAAUGCUGGCCUUAAACCAUACCUAAUGAGCCAGCCUCUAGGCUACCAUACCAAAGAGCUUGAAAACAACCGGAUUGGUUAUACUGAGCUUCCAGAAUUUCCAUUUGCAUUAGAAACCAGAGCACUUAACCGUAUAGAAGCUCAUCAGUAUGCACGGAAGGCUUAUGAACUUGGUGUUCGCUAUAUCGGCGGUUGUUGCGGAUUUGAACCACACCUAAUUAGGGCAAUUGCAGAGGAGUUGGCACCAGAGCGAGGAUUUAGGCCUCCUGGCAAAGAGAAGAGCAGUGUUUGGGGAAGUGGUCUAGCAAAAAGUCACGUAGAAUCCCAAAAUAAAAGGGCAAGCAAAGAUUACUGGCUAAAGAUUCAGCCUUCAACUGGAAAAUGAAUGAAAAAAAAUAAAAGAAUGAAUUCAAGCUAAUGUUCAAUAUCAAUGCUAUGCUACAGACAUAGCCGUCACUUCUAAUAAAUUGAAUACUAAAUUGAA